AUGGAACGAGCUUUUUCAUGUAUGAGAAUUAUUAAGAAUAGACUUCGAAGCACCAUAGCUGAUGAAUUCCUUGCUGAUUGCAUGAUUCUCCACAUUGAAAGAGAGUUUGCUAAUAGUAUCGAUAAUGAAGAGAUAAUUGAAGAAUUUAAGAUUUCUAAGCCUCGUAUGGCAAGUUAUGAUCCUGAAUUCGAGUCCCAUCAAGAGCGGGUCAAUGAGAAGAAGAAAGCCAUGUCUAAUUCAUCAUCAGCAAUACAUAGAAUAGAACCAACACAAGCAAACUCGAAAUCAACAAUGUCGACAAAGUCUAGCACUACCAUCCUUGCCUUUGCCUUUUGUUUCUUGUCCCUCCUCAGUUUCGUUUACUCCAACAACACCGACGACAAAAUCUACCUCUCCGGCCUGGUCUACUGUGACAACUGCCAAUUGAAGUCUAUGACCCAGAUCAGUAAGAUGAUUCCAGGUGCAAAGGUGCGAUUGGACUGUAGGGAGGGGGGGAACAUAAAAUUCAGCCGAGAGGGCGAAACCAACCCGCUUGGACUGUACUGGUUUGAGUUGGAAAAAUCUAAGGAGCCUUUGGAUGAUUGUCAAGUGACAUUGCUACACAGCCCUGACCCUGAAUGCAAGAUUUCCCACGAAGUCGACCCUAACAACAAAUCGAAAACUGCGCCGGUGGCCACCCGGAAGAUCAACCUAUUGGAAGGAGACAGCGUCGUUUCCAUCGGACCAAGCCAACGCGUUUCCUACCCUCUUGGUUUGGUCGUUGAGAAAGCUCGUCCUGAGUGCGAGCAGUUCGCCAAAGCACGCAAGCAUUUUCAGAACUAA